AUCAUUAAGCAACCCUAUUUUUUAGACACGCGUCUGAAAGCGGAAAAAAACGUGAACUCGUCGGAAAAGCAGCAUUUUCCAAGCCCAUAGCGCUUGUAAUUGUAAUUGUUGGCACAAACAGGCCAGCCGAAUCCGAUACGGAAACGUCUCAGUUUCAAGCCGAACAAAAGGAAUUGUGUGCGAGGAACAAAAAAGUACAGACCCCUAAAAAUUUCACACGAGAACGCAGUAGCUUGUGGAACGUAAGAAGUUUUUGUCGGAAAAACUAAGGAAAAACGUAUAGACACAAAGUGCAACACUAACACAACGAUCAUAUACAUUUUUUUGUCGCAAAUUGCAAGUGUGCACCCCAAAAAAAAAGCAAAGCGUAACCAUUGCAAAAUUUUCCUAAACGGAAAGCAAGAAAAAAAAAGCAACUGAUUGGAGGAUAAUAUGAGUAAUGCUAUUAACCAAAAUGGCACAGGUCUAGAGCAGCAAGUUGCUGGUCUGGACUUGAAUGGCGGCUCUGCUGACUACAGCGGCCCCAUAACAAGCAAGACUUCCACUAACUCGGUCACCGGUGGUGUGUAUGUGCCCCCGCAUCUUCGUGGUGGUGGUGGCAAUAACAACGCAGCGGACGCAGAGAACCAGGGCCAAGGACAAGGCCAGGGCUUCGAUUCGAGAUCCGGGAAUCCGCGCCAGGACAGCAGGGACCCGCAGCAGUCGCGUGGAGGCGAAUAUCGCAGGGGCGGCGGCGGUGGAAGUCGCGGCUUUAAUCGCCAGAGCGGCGACUACGGCAGUUUUGGAAGCGGAGGCGGAGGUGGACGACGUGGAGGUCGGUACGAGGAGAACUACAACGGUGGCGAAUUUGACUCACGUCGCGGAGGUGACUGGAAUCGUACCGGCGGAGGCGGAGGAAACCGCGGCUUCGGACGUGGACCGUCGUACCGCGGCGGUGGUGGUGGAAGCGGUAACACCCUUAACGAGCAAACUGGCGAAGAUGGCCAGGCACAGCAGCAGCCACGCAACGAUCGCUGGCAGGAGCCGGAACGUCAAGCCGGAUUUGAUGGCGGCGAGGGUGGACCUCCUGGAGGCGGCAACAGAAGCUACAACAACCGCGGGGAGCGCGGAGGCGGCGGUUACAAUAGCCGCUGGAAGGAGGGCGGCGGCGGAAACAUCGACUACACAAAGUUGGGCGCCAGAGACGAACGCCUGGAGGUGGAACUGUUCGGCGUGGGCAAUACGGGAAUCAAUUUUGACAAAUACGAGGAUAUACCCGUGGAGGCGACGGGCCAGAAUGUGCCCCCGAACAUCACAUCGUUCGAUGAUGUGCAGCUGACGGAGAUUAUCCGCAACAACGUGGCCCUAGCCCGUUAUGACAAACCGACACCGGUGCAGAAGCACGCCAUUCCGAUCAUCAUCAAUGGCCGCGAUCUAAUGGCCUGCGCCCAGACCGGCUCCGGUAAGACGGCCGCCUUUUUGGUGCCGAUUCUCAACCAGAUGUAUGAGCACGGACAUGUGGCACCCCCACAGAGCAACCGGCAGUAUAGCCGUCGCAAGCAGUAUCCGCUGGGUUUGGUGCUGGCACCGACCCGCGAGUUGGCCACCCAGAUCUUCGAGGAGGCCAAAAAGUUCGCCUACCGUUCCCGGAUGCGUCCGGCUGUGUUAUACGGCGGCAACAAUACCAGCGAGCAAAUGCGCGAAUUGGACCGCGGCUGCCACCUGAUUGUGGCAACACCCGGUCGUUUGGAGGACAUGAUCACGCGCGGCAAAGUGGGCCUGGAAAAUAUUCGUUUCUUGGUCUUGGACGAGGCGGAUCGUAUGUUGGACAUGGGUUUCGAGCCCCAGAUCCGUCGCAUUGUCGAGCAGCUUAACAUGCCGCCAACAGGGCAGCGCCAAACGCUCAUGUUCUCGGCCACAUUCCCCAAGCAGAUUCAGGAGCUGGCUAGCGAUUUCCUCAGCAACUACAUCUUCUUGGCCGUGGGUCGUGUGGGCUCCACCUCCGAGAAUAUUACGCAGACGAUCCUUUGGGUCUACGAACCCGAUAAGCGUUCGUAUCUUCUGGAUCUGCUGUCGUCCAUCCGCGAUGGCCCCGAGUACACCAAAGACAGCCUGACGCUGAUCUUUGUAGAGACGAAGAAGGGUGCAGACUCGCUGGAGGAGUUCCUGUACCAGUGCAACCAUCCCGUGACUAGCAUCCACGGUGAUCGCACGCAGAAGGAGCGCGAGGAGGCGCUACGCUGCUUCCGCUCGGGCGACUGCCCCAUCCUGGUGGCCACAGCUGUGGCCGCUCGUGGCUUGGACAUUCCGCACGUGAAGCACGUUAUCAACUUUGACCUGCCCUCUGAUGUGGAGGAGUAUGUCCAUCGCAUCGGUCGUACCGGUCGCAUGGGUAAUCUCGGUGUGGCCACCUCCUUCUUCAACGAGAAGAACCGUAACAUCUGCUCCGAUCUUCUGGAGCUGUUGAUCGAAACGAAGCAAGAGAUUCCCAGCUUCAUGGAAGACAUGAGCUCGGAUCGCGGCCAUGGCGGAGCCAAGAGGACAGGACGAGGUGGUGGACGUUAUGGUGGCGGCUUCGGCUCCAGGGAUUACCGUCAAAGUUCAGGCGGAGGCGGUGGCGGACGCAGCGGACCCCCACCACGUAGCGGUGGCUCCGGAUCAGGAGGUGGCGGUGGCAAUUAUCGCAGCAACGGAAACUCGUACGGUAAGUUCGGUGGAAACUCGGGUGGCGGAGGAUACUAUGGCGGCGGCGCCGGUGGUGGCUCCUAUGGUGGCUCCUACGGUGGCAGUGCCGCACACUCGAACAAUGAACCCGACUGGUGGGCUCAAUGAGCAAGGCCUCAGCUUCAGGCAAAAGUCCUGGGCCAGCAGCAGCAGCAUCAACAGUCGCAUCGUAGCAACUUUCGCAACUAACCAAAAGGAGAAAAAAUACAAAGUCGAUAACAACUAUACAUAUAUAUGUGCACACACGUAUAUUAUAUAGGAACAGCAAAUGUGAAAGAGAAACUGUCUGUGCGCAGCGCAACACAAAACACGAAAAUACAGAAAAGAUACACAGAUGCACCCUCCACCCUCGUUUAGUAAUUCACUCCUCUCUCACAACCUCAAAAAGCAGGAGCAAACAUUAAAAAUAAAUUGUGCAAAUCCAUCGCGAAAGUAUAUUACAUUCAUGUAUAGCCAGCCCAAAAAACUCUAAGCCCUGAUCUUCCCAUCCUCCCCAUCCAUCAUUUUAUUUUAUGGAAUCGAUGCGCGUAGUUGAAGGAUAUGCAAACAUACAUAUUACAAAUAUGCUAAACAACCACAAAUAUUAAGAAUAUUUAAGCAACUGAUACAAUUUUGAAUUAUUGUCCAUAAGUUACACUUCUCACACAUCAUUUUUCUUGGAAUUCUUAAAAUACAAAUAUAUAUAUACAUUUAUAUAUAUAUAUAUAGACAUAAAUACUGUCGAUAUCGGAUCAAGACGAUGAAUGCGCAAAUCCUUGAACUUCAAUUGAUGAUUUUAAACGAAGAAAACAUAAAAAUAGUAAUGGUAUAUAUAUAUAUUAAAAAAUAUAUAAAUCGAGAUAUAAUGUACUAUACGAAACAAGAAACCAACACAAACAAGUAAUUAAAAACAAAGUUUGCUAAACUUAAAAUUAAUAAUUUAGCAAAUGAAAAAAGAA